UUCUUUGAAUUGAAGUAGCCUACCCUGCGGCAUCAGCUGCCAUUUCUUUCCUGGAAUCUGGAUAUCGUUUGAGAUUUCUUCAAGAUGUCGACCGGGAGAGCUAAAGAUUCCGGCUUUCAUCACGAUGCCGAUGUUUUACAGAUGGAAGAUGAGGUUGAGCAUGAGCCUGAAGAUACAAGAGAUGGUCAUUUACAAUCCUCUACGCAAUCAGAGCCCGUCCCAAGUGAGCACUACUGCCAUAGUCCAGGUCGUGGUCCAAGUCGGCAGGGUAGCCAAGGUAACCAGUCCUUUCUCCGUCACCGAGCGAGAACAAAGACAAAUGAAAGGAUGGAGGAAGAGGAGUUUGUUUUUGUGGAAUCGCCAGAGAAUGAGGUUGAAGCACAGCGUAUGGAACAGAACUAUAUGUUUGGAUUUAAGAAAUGGAAGAGUCACGUGACAAAGCGACCUCUACAGGAAAGGUCAGAGGUUGUUCAGGAGCUCUAUAAACCACCAUUAGAGAUUAAACCAUUUUCCUAUCCUACAAUUGGAGUGUCCAACGUGAUUUAUGCAUUAUUGAUCGGAUGGUUGAUGGCAUUGAUAUACUCCAUAGUUGGACUUCUGAUGUUUUUCACCAUAAUUGCAUGGAGACACGGUAUAUACUGUUUUAAGCUCGCACGCUACUUCUUAUGGCCAUUUGGAUAUUUUGUACAAGAGCAAACUGAGUAUAGGUAUAUAGAGUCUAAUGACUCGGUUAGCACAGACGGAGAGAGUGUGGUCAAUUCUGCUCAUAACGUCCGACCUCCUAAUGAUAAUGCUCGGCUUGUGACAUCACUAUCAUCAAGCGUCAGUAACUCAUAUCGCAGAAUAGAUAACAGUCAGUACUGGAAAAGGCCUUCUACGUACGUGUGGCUUCUACUUGGAGUACCGUUUGCUCUGCUUCUUCAUCUUUUAGUAUUCUUUAUAUCAUGGAUGACUGUUAUAUUCCUGCCUGUAGCAAAGCUGAACAUGAUGGCAAUCAAAAGAUUGCUGUUUCUACCUCCUGAGAAGCUGAAGGUUAGCAAAACUACUGCCAUAAAGCCUGGAGAGCAAUCACAUGAGGUUAUCAUGUGCUCAUAUCAAGCUGCUAACUUUUACUCGUACAAAUACACAGUAGAUGGCAUGAACAUCUUCUUUGUCAACAUGCUUUUCUUUGUUGUCAUCGCAGUCGUUGUCGGAUUUGCUGACACGAAAAACAGGUUCACUACACCCACAGGCAGAUUUGCUAUGGGACUUCUUGCUAUUAUACCACUGGCUCACUAUAUUGGCAUGGCUAUCGCUAGUAUCUCGGCACAGAGUAACCAUGUCGUUGGAGCGGUCUUGAACGCAACUUUCGGCUCCAUAGUUGAAAUCAUCCUCUAUAUCUCGUCUCUUCUCAAACAACGUGGGAACGUCCAGGAAGGUAUAUGCUACUCUGAGAUAGUAAAGUCUGCCUUGACGGGGACGCUGCUUGCAACUAUGCUCUUCAUUCCGGGGAUCUGUAUGAUGGUUGGAGGACUCAAGCACAAAGAACAACGUUUCAACGUCAGGUCCAUGUCUGUUAGUGCAACGCUUCUCUUCAUAUCUGUUGUGGGUGUGUUCACACCAACAAUCUUUACAAUCACAUUGGGAGGCUUUGAGUGCAAUACAUGUUAUAACUCGACGAACGAGACGUCACUGAAGUGCUCUGGCUGUACAUACGUCUACAAACUAACCGACGACGAUCAUUUCUUGAACCAUAAGUUACGUCCGUUAGUCUAUGUCUGUGUUAUCUUGCUCUUCUUGGCCUAUGUGAUCGGUCUCAUAUUCUCUCUCAAGACUCACGCACAUAUUAUUCAGGGGAGCAGUUCACAUUCAGGGACACCUCAAGCGAACCCACACAGUAAACCUGAUGUUCAUUGGGGUAGGAUAAAGAGUACAGUUAUCCUACUGAUAGCUGUAGCACUGAUGUCCCUGAGUGCAGAGGUAGUGGUGCAGAAUUUACAGCCCAUUUUGUCCAGUUCAACUGUCAUAAAACCUGUAUUCAUUGGAGUAACUUUAUUAGCUGUUGUUCCAGACUUACCUGAAAUAAUUAAUGGUAUCCAGUUUGCCCUGAAGAAUAAUAUUAAUCUGAGUUUGGAGAUAGGAUGUUCUGUAGCUGUUCAAGUGUGUCUUCUUCAGAUACCUGUAUUAGUUCUAGUAGAUGCUAUAGUGAAUCUUGGAUUUAACCUUGUCUUCAAUGAUCUUCAUCUUUGGUCUGUCAUCAUCAGUGUUAUCAUCAUUAAUUACAUCUUUGUGGAUGGAAAGUCAGAUUACUUCCAAGGUUGUAUGCUGUGUAUCAUCUAUUUCUUUCUUCUUGCUAUGUUCUUUUUCGCCGGUGAUUCAGCCAAGACGGACUGCAGCAUACUUGGAUAGUACAGUGGGAUAAUAAACUGGGUUCCAAAAGAAUCUUUGAAAACUUCACAAGUUCACUACACAAAUUCCACUUAGUCAAAAUGAACAAAAUUUUGACACAGGCUAGCUUUAAU